CAGACCAGUCGUGAUGGACCAACAGGGCUCCGUGUAGUAAAAGGGUCCAGGCCAAUUGGCAAAUAGGUAUAGUAGCCCAAGAAAUUGGAUGAUGGACCUCUUCAGCUACCAGUCCGAUAUGCUCUAGACAGCUAGCGGGUCCGCGGCUAGCAGAUGGGCAUUCAGGGGACGUCGAGAUGGAGGAGCCUGUUGAAAAAUACUGAGCUGAGAUGGAAACUGGAGAGCAGGUUGGAGUGGAGGCUGUCCCCUACUGCUGUUCUGCCUUCGAUGGUGGGGAGACCCCCGCCCGUGGCCUGGCCUGCCGCACCAGAAAGACCCGCAGCCUGAGCACCUCGUCUGCCACUGCUUGCGACUACAGAUGUUUCAGGAAAAAUCAGUCUCUACAUAGAACAAGUCCUGUGACCACUUUUGGACCCAAAGCAUGUAUGCUGCAGAAUCCACACGCAAUCAUUUGAAACCGUGAUUCAUCCGUGAAGAGCACACUUCUCCAGCGUGUCAGUGGACAUCGAAGGUGGGCAUUUGCCCACUGAAGUCGGUCACGGCGCCAAACUGCAGUCAGGUCCAGACCUUGGUGAGGACAACGAGCACGCAGGCACAUUCAGGACCCAGCCAGCCAGAGACUGACGUGGAACAAGCCUCCCAAAAGUGUCCUUGUCAUCAAGAAGAUCCAGGAUGCCAGUCUACUGCAGCCUUUCAAAGAGCUCUGUGUGUUUCUCACAGAGAAAAACAUGAUUGUUUACGUGGAGAGGAAGGUUCUGGCUGACCCAGUCAUCCAGGCCGAUGAGAGCUUUGCGGCCGUCAUCCAGAAGUUCUGCACCUUCAGAGAAGAUCUCGAUGACAUUUCCAAUCAAGUGGACUUCAUCAUCUGUCUUGGUGGAGAUGGGACCUUACUUUACGCAUCGUCACUCUUCCAGCUUGCUUGUGUGUGUAUGUGCGGAUGUGUGUUUUCUCAGAAGAGUAUUCCACCUGUUAUGUCCUUCCACCUGGGUUCUCUGGGCUUCCUCACGCCUUUCAACUUUGACAUGUACCAGUCUCAGGUCACCCAAAUCAUUGAGGGUAACGCCGCCAUCAUCCUGCGCAGUCGCCUGCGAGUGGUGAAGGAGAGCCGAGAGAAGAACGCCCAGGUGGACAAGAAGGGCAUCAUCAUGACCAAUGGAGACAGCGAGGGCAGCCGCAAAGCCAUGCAGUACCAGGUGCUGAAUGAGGUGGUGGUGGACAGAGGCCCGUGCUCCUACCUUUCCAACGUGGACCUCUUCUUAGACGGACACCUCAUCACCACGGUACAGGGAGACGGUGUGAUCGUGUCGACUCCCACGGGCAGCACUGCGUACGCGGUAGCAGCCGGAGCCUCCAUGAUUCACCCCAACGUGCCGGCCAUCAUGAUCACCCCCAUCUGCCCCCACUCACUGUCCUUCAGACCCAUAGUGGUGCCUGCUGGGGUGGAACUCAAGAUCAUGCUGUCACGUGACUCCAGGAAUACAGCCUGGGUGUCAUUCGAUGGGAGGAAGAGACAAGAGAUCUGCCAUGGAGACAAGUGCGUGACCUUUUGGCCCCUCAGUCAUCGCAACCUCCCCCCUAGUAAAAAUACCACGAAACAAAAGCUGAUAAACAUGGAAGAUAGCCUGAUGAACUCAACCCAAAGCUCAUCUAACUCCCGCAAGCAUUACCAUCACUACUUCCUGCUUCCCCGUUCCCUCCAUCUGUUUCCAGGAUCCCGUGAACGACUGGUUCAAGAGCCUGGCGCAAUGUUUACACUGGAAUGUGAGAAAGAAGCAGAACUACCUUAGCUCCAAGGAGGACGUGUUCUGACGCCAACAACCUCGCCUUCCCGUGACACCAUUCUCAUAGUACACCAUUUUGGGUGUAUUCCAGAUGUACAGAUUCUGCUCAGUUCUUCAAAAAUCAAAUUCGAUCUUUACAAUACCUGGACAAGUGUUUAACAUACCACGGCAAAAUGAUAUAGCGAUCCUAUAUCUGGAACGCACCCUUUGACUUCAGUUGGAUUCCAUCAGGUCAAUUUGCAAUCAACAUCCUCCGGAGAUUCAUUUGUUUUGGUUCUAGAUCAUCCCUUACUGUUAAGAAUUUCACACCCUUUUAAAAAGAUUGUUGAAAUUGUAUUUUUAUGCAAACAACCAAAUUGUCUCAUGCCUGACUGAAAACAAUCCAGGUUAAAGUUAACCUGUUAGACAAAGUAAUACUGAGCUACGGAUCAACCCCAAGCUUCUCAACAUAUAACACAGAUAUAAUGACUGUUGUCAGUGGGGAUUUUUAUCAAGAACCAAUGUUCUUGGGGAUAUGGAGUUGAAAAUGUAUUUUAUAGUAAUGAUUGACGUUUUGAUACAAUCCCUAAAAUAAAAUGUAUUAUUACUACUUCAGGAACAGCAGAAUUGCUUCUACUCUGCAAUAAUGAAAUAAAUGUAUAGAUUGUGCCUUAAACUGGUAAAUUAUAUUAUCAUAAUCAAUGAAGGUUUACAUAACUUUCAUUUUCUUAAAUCGGAUUUACAUCUUAGUGCAGGUGUAACAUAACCAUAUCUUCAGUAUUCCUCAUAUUCAAGCUUCUCAAAUGGCUUGUACAAAUGUUAAUCUUACAUUAAUGUUGCGUAUCUUAACUACUCUGUCUACAACAACAACGCUGUGGUGUCUGACCGUGUGUAAUGUCAAGAGAAUGGUACGAACAUUAAGAACUGAAGUCCAUUCCAGGUGAGAUGAGACCACAACUCGAUGUCUUCAUAGCCUUUCACUAUAAAGCCAUAGCUCUACUAUGUUAUUCGUUUCAUAGUCAAGUGGGAUGCAUAAGAUGAUUCCAUUGUAAUUCUAUUGUUUUCAAUCAAAGUGAUUGUGAGUCUACAGGGUUUUUACCACCCCAGGUUUUUGAGUUUUGUUUUUGCUUUAGACAUGGGAGGCCAGGUAGGUGGACUUUAGCCCAUUAAUGAUAUUGAGUUGGUGAGGUGAUGAGUAGAUUCUGGUGUAGUGUCUGGAUGGACCUAAACCCUGCUGUGCCACUCCAGGACCAGGGUUGUCAACCCCUGACCUACGGUGUCUGACUGUUAUUGCAGUAUGCUGAGAGAUUGAAGGCAUUCAGAUUCUACAAGGUAGUGGCCUGCCUUACCAAAUGAGACUGCAACACUCACCCCUCUUAUUGACAAGCUUUGAAAUACCGACUUGAUAAAAUGUUAUGGUGUGAGGGUUUUUCUUCUAGCUUACAGACAAAUUAUAGUGUACGAGUUUACUACGUAUGUUGUGCGGGAUAGGCAAGUGAAAUUUCCACUGAUGGAAAAACUGGUCUAAGCUCUGUAGAUACCAGUGCACCACACUGCACGAGGACCAUUUAACUCUAGUCAAUCAAUCAUUCCUUAUUUUCUCAUUUAUGAUGCUUGAUAUAUUUAUGAACCAGUUUACACUAUGAUUGCUGAAAUAUAAAUCUCUGGUACGUUUUUGUAUAUUGAUAUGUAUAUGAUUAGUACAGUAAGUCAGUUUAACUAUAUCUAUUUUCUCAAAUUAGAAAAACAAAUGUCCUCUUUCAAUGGAAUUUGGAGUGGAGUAUUUUCAAGUUAAUGGCAGUCCCUUCAGUUGUUAGGGAGAUAUAGUUUGGAAACAUCUGUAAGAAAUCCAUUUACUGUACUUUAUUUUUCAGAGAGUACAGUGUUUUCUCUCCUGAAGUAAAGGCAGUUGUGAACUUUGCCUUACAAACCAGUUGCACUGAAAUCAUGCUAAUCAUAUAAACUUCCCCCAAUGUGAUAUAUUUUGUGGGACCUUUUGGAUGAAGGACCUUAUUCCUAUUGUUCUUUCUAUGUCAGUUAUUCUCUAAGUGCUUCUCACUUUAAACUCUGUUUUGUAGACUUCUCCAACUCUGAGAGCCUAUCACUUUGUAAAUAUUGUUUCUGAAUAAAUUAUAUUUUUCCAGAGCACUUGAAUAAACAAAGAGAGCCAA